ACCAGCAAACUACGCCAGUUAGAGAGUAGUUACAAGAGUUUAGAAGAGCUGAUCUAAGAGUGUUGACACCAUCGCUGGCCCGUCUCCUGGCGACCACGGAUCGAUGGCUGCCGGUCGGAGAGUGGCGGGCGGCGCCGGGGGGCUGUACAAGAGUGCCACCCCUUAGUCCACAGGCACCUCCUCACCACGGCACUACACGGCUCCCCGCAUCCCUCGCCCACGCACUCGCCAGGACCCUCACCAGACACUCCCGACACCUGUUAGUGACUCUGCAGCUUCGACACCGCCCCCACCAGGAGACCUUCCAGAGAAAGGCGUGCGGGCGUGCGACGAUGAGUGUGGGCGGCUCCUCCUGCUCCAGACUGGUGGUGAUGGUGGUGUUGACAGUGGCACUCCUGGUGGGCGUGGCCCUCAGCGCCCCGCCCUCCCCAACAGCCAGCAAGCGUUCAGCGGAGGACAUCCAGUUCGGUAACCAGCAGAACCCUCCAGUGAGUCUCCUCGAUGACAACGCCCUUCCCGGAGCCUUCCCUUCCAGCGAGAAUAGUGAUGAGAACACAAUUGGUAAGGGAGGAGGAGGGAGAGAACAGGUGCACCAGCAGCAGCAGGAGCAGCAGCUGCAGAGUGAGGAUGACGACCCCCGGCAGCAGGAGGACUCCCAGGAAGACGUCGACGAGGAUGAGGAAGGCAGCCUUGUAGCGCCAGUGGCCGAGCCUAAUACCUGGCACGUCCCGGCCCCACACAGCCUUCACCUGUACCAGCUAGGCUGGCGGACGCCUGUUGUGUACGGAGCCGCCGCCUACCCCGGCCGCCGCCGCCGUCGCCGCCGCUCUGUGUACGCCGCCGCCGCCGCCACACACCCUGACCCCCGCAAGGUGCCCCAGGUGCCCCUCAAGGUGCUGAGGGCCGGCCAGCGACACAAGCGCGACCUGAGGAGGUACCGCCGCGACCUGGCGACAGGUGCUGACAUGGAGAAGCUGCUGGAGGAUGUUGAUGUUGUGGAGCUGCUGGCGAUGUUGGCUGGUGCCCCCCACAGGCGCCCAGGAGGGUACGGUACCGUCUCCUACGCCCCAGCACCUCCCAGGUAUGCCCCACAGCCCAAGCUGUUCCCCGACUAUGAGGUCGCUGAGGAGGAGGAGGGCGGCGAGGACCGAGGUGUCGGGUCCGUCCAGCAGGACGUGCGCGCUGCCCGCCUGCCUGAAGCAGUGAUGGUGCCAGCUGGAGGUCGAGUGUGGAGGAGGUCUGGAGGGUAUGGUCUCUCAUCCAUGCCAGGGUUCAAGAGGUCAGCCUCAGCCUUCAGGGCCAACAGGCCACACCUUCCUUCACCCGCUCAAGGCUUCAGU